AUGUUUGACAACGAACAGAGAAUUUACGAGGACACUCUAAGAAAGUUCACAGGCCCAGAACAAAUUACUUGUCAGCUGACUAUCGACUUUCCCACCGAAUCUUCAACGAGUGGAAUUCAUUACCUCAGAUUCCCUAUGCCGAUGUCAACAUGUCAUGUCGGAUCGGUAGUUACACCAUUGGCUGUCUUAAAUCGACUACCAGGCUGGCUCGGCACGUUGGUUAUCAGCCCUGAUGGAUCAGUUCUGCAGUCAGCUGGUGAAUUAGUGAAUAACAAGGAAUUGGCCCAACAUUUUGCUGCGAUCGCCAACAGAGUUGGCCGUUUAUUAAAUAUGGAAGGUGAAAGAAAAACUCAACAAUUCAAAAGAUUAACUAUACAUUUCGAGCAUUCAAUAUAUAUUAUGACAUGUGUUGGUGAUACCAUCUAUGUAGUAAAACGUCUACCCGAUAAUCAGAAUAUUUCAUACGCAGAGACAUAUCAACAAUUACAUCUUGUCAAAUCGGAUAAUAGUAUGACUAGUAAUAACAAUCCUAUUGAUAUACAUCAUUCUGCUACUGUUAUUAAUAAUAAUAACAAUAUAGUUACAAUAGAUAAUCACGGACCUCAUUUUUUUGAAGCACGUGCUCCUGAUGAUUAUUGAAAACGAAUAUAGUACCAUAUUCCCUUUACUUAAUAAUCCUUCCCCUUUACUUCUCUUUAUCGUAAUAAUAAAUAUAAUGUAAUGAUUGCCAUUAUUAAUGUAGCGAAAUAAUUAUCUUUUGUGUAAAUAAUGUUGCUUCUUUUGUAUCUGCUUAUUUUUUCAUUGUGAAAUUUAAGAAUAUACUAGUCUUUUGAUAAUUAGCCUUUUUUUAUUCAUCAUAUCUACAAGAUUAAAACUGUGAUAUAUUGUAACAUUUUAAAGUUCAGGACAUUCAUUUCAUUCUAUUCGAAUCUCGUAAACUAGUGUGUUUAGUAAUAAAUAUAUUUUUUUAAUUCA